AGUGGUUCGACUCAACUUUGUUCGCUGACAUCAGCCAAGCUUUGUCAGGUGUUCGCCACAGCGGGAACCCCUUGUACCACCAUUCCGCCACUCAUGGUGCACGCGGACGAGGCAGGGAAGAUGUACAGCCCCUGUUUGGAUGGCAAUGUCGAUGCACAGGGGGCCGUUACGCCUGACCAUUCCAGCAAAAUGAUUUUGCAUCAGGCGAAGACAGAGAACACUUUGACGAAAGAAGGUGUGGUGAAACCAGCCGCUUGUGGCGCAGAGGCCAUUGCAGAGGACGUGGAUUUGGCCGUUCUUUCCCUGCUGAAGCGGCUACUUGAUGCGCCUCUCAGCGAAGCUUUGCAGGAGUCGGCCCCCUCUUCGGUGCGCACGGACACGGACGAGACAGGUGUUCUGGCCUGCCAGAUGGCGGAGAGCAGUUCGGAGAGUUCGGAGUGCUUUGCGUCCGGAACCACUGCCACCAACGGGCGAAUGGAGGAGAAGAGCCAGCAGCGGUCUGGAGCAGCGGUCGACCCGUCCGCCUCGCAGCGGCAGGCGCAAGGCGCAGCCCCCCCCAUACAGUGGCCCAUCGAGGACCUCCGUCCUCUUCCAGAGUGGCAGGUGCAACAACUCAAUCAGGGCCCCGGACAGCAGGCGCAGCAGCAGCAACAGACGCAGGCUCCGCAGGCUCCGCGAUUUCCGACCUUGGCCCAGGGCGAACAGUACUGCCGUUGCCACCAAGACGGCCGUCUCUGCGAAAGUAAAAGACCAUGGGUCCUGUGCCAUCACUAUGCAGAUGGAACCUGCAAUCGUGGCAGAGGCUGCGGCUUCUGCCACGAGGCGCCUCGCCGCCACGGGCGUGGACGGGCUGCAAGCCGGCGAGGAGCCAACGGCCUUCAUGCAGAGUUGGAGGUGCGGAUCAAAAUCACAUCGAGUCGUAGAAUUGAGUGGCAACAGUUUGACGGUUUGCCAAGCUGGUUUUGCAAGCUGGCCAUGGAAGUUAAUGUCCUUUUAAGCUUUUUGAGCGCAUCCAACAUGGGUUGCCGGUUGAGCGCAUUCGGAGCAGCUUCCUUCCCACCGGAAGAGAAAGACCUUGGUCCUUUACGGCUUUUCAUGACCUUCCAACCGAGUUCUCAAAGGCGAAUCUGGGCCAUCGCGUUGCGAAAACACUUGCUGAGAAGCUAGCUGAUGAGUCGAGAGGCUCUCCGGACGCUCGUGACAUCUCGAGGAAGUUUCACGAGACUGAGCUGUUGAGAACAGAACUUGAUCUCCGGCAAUGUCAACUAGUUUGCUUUGUGGCAUUUUGGUUUGCCUGAGUCAGGCCAGACCAAAAGAAUGCAAGAGUUUUGCGCAACAGUUGAUGUUUUGC